AUGGUCAAGUUGUAUGGCCUCCUGUCGUUGUGCAGGUUAUCAGCCACCGCCGUUCAAGACGAGCUCGACCUUGCGUUGAAACUACUGUCAGACUUGGGUGCCCCGAGUGGAAAGUCCGUACAGGUUGAGGAUGGAAGAGUGGUGAGAAUUUGGGCAUACGGGCUGCAGCUGAAGGGCAACAUCCCGGCUGAGUUUGGCAAUCUCACUGCUUUGCAGGUCCUUGACUUGAGUGCAAAUCAGCUCAUUGGAGAAAUUCCCACUCAGAUCCGCAACCUGGCGCGCCUCAAAACCCUUAUCCUUCGCGACAACAACCUUUCGGGCCACAUUCCCAGCGAGAUCGGCGACUUGGCAAGCCUCCGUUCUCUCGACCUCAGACACAACAGGCUCAGCGGCCCGAUCCCACCUGGACUGGGCAACAUGACCGACCUCGUCAGCCUUAAUUUGGCUCACAACAGGCUCAGCGGCCCGAUCCCAACUGGACUGGGCAACAUGACCAACCUCGUCACCCUUGAUUUGGCUGGCAACAGGCUCAGCGGCCCGAUCCCGGUGACAAUGGGCCCCUUCAUUUCCUUGCGGGACUUGAGUCUUUCGGCCAACCAGCUUACUGGCCCUAUUCCCAGCAAGAUCGGUGACCUGGCAAGCCUCCAGUGGAUCGGCUUGAGUGGCAACAAGCUCACUGGCCAGAUCCCACCUGAACUGGGCAACAUGACCAAACUCCUCACACUGGGUUUAGCCAGGAACAAGCUCACCGGCCCGAUCCCGCCGACAAUCGGCCGCCUUUCUUCCUUGGUAUUUUUGAAUCUUGCCGAGAACCAGCUCAACGGCCAAUUCCCACAUGAGAUUGCGGAACAGCUUCCCCGCCUUAGAGCAAUCCUGCUCCAUAAGAAUUUCUUGGAGGGCCAGUUCCCUCGCCACUGGGGCAGUGCAGCAGGAAUUCAGUAUCUGACUUUGCAUGAGAACCGGUUCGAGGGGCCUCUGCCUACCAGCCUGCUGCAGAACAUGACAAUGCUGCGCUACCUCACACUGCAUUCUAAUCAUUUCUCGGGGUGUGUGCCCAGACUCAACUUACCCGGACGAGCGAAGGCCACACUGCACAGGAACCGUUUCAGCUGCCAACUGCCUGCAAGCCUGGGGGUCGAUGGCGUGCGUGCCACUGUGGUAAUGGGCAAUAUGGUUGGCAUAGGAGACAACAUCGCUGCAAACUGGGUCUUGCCGGAGGAGUUGCAGGACUUCUUAUAUGUCUCAAUCACGAUCUGGUGGGGAGAUGUGCUUGUGUUGGCAGGCUUGCCGGUCGCAUUCCUAGUUGUAGGCGUGGUAUACCGCCAAUCGCGCCAAGCCACAGCUGGCAGUACGCAGGUGCUUGCUCCAGAAAUCCAUGCCUCGUCGAUGCACAGCCUGCGCCUGUCGCUGUGGAUUGCUGGCCUUUGCACCCUGCUGCUGCCAGCUUACCUCCACGGGGCACGGUACUAUCAGUGUGGCCGGCCACUUGCGUGGAGCACAGCGGCUUACUUGGACGACUCGCCUGCGACAGAGCUCUUUGUGAUUUUGGUCUGGAGCCUCGCCACUGUAUUCUUCUCUGCAUCGGUCGCUGUUCUUCCCAAGCCAGGUGAAGGCCUCAGGCGGGCACCAAACAGAUUCUGGCAUUUCGGACGAAAGCUUGCAUGGCUCCUCUGGAUCGUACCAGUCACGAUUGUCUCGCUACCUUCCAUCCUGUAUGUUGUGGCGCAGGCCCUUCCGAAGAACAACACCCUGGUGCCCGACUCGAUCCUCAAGAUCGCCCACUUCACGGCCCCUGCGCUCGUUGUCGCCUUCGACAUGGUGCUGGCAGUACGCCUCUCCAAGUGGUAUGCAGGUUUAUCUGGGAUCUCAGCAGACAGACUGCUGAUGGCGCUGAGGUCGUGCGCAGCGUGGCUGCUUCCACUGCUCGCAGCAGUCACUUUCCAGGAAAAUUGCCUCGCAGGGUGGAAGACAUGGUGGGCAGCCUGCGAGCCAGAAUCUGAGAUGAACGCCGCAUUCAAUUGGGCGCUAUCAGACCUGUCAGACGGGGUCAAGUUCUUGAAUACCACGACAGACAUGUGCAGUGCAGAUCAUCGGAACCUUUGGGAAGGUCGUUGCAGCAGGUCGGUAAUCGAAGCUCUGUCACCUCUAAUCCUGAAGAAGCUUUUUCUUCGGACUGCUGUGCAGCCCCUUGUGGUGAUCCUGGUCUGGCAAGCAUCCAAACUGGAGGAUGACCGGCCCCUUGACAAAGGCGGCCGACAGCUGCGGCUGCUCGGCCGGAAGACAAGUGGAUCCUUGGCAUCAAUGCAGCAGCAUGCAUAUUUCACCACCUUACUGGAAACUGCCAUUAUUUGGGGCCCACUGGUUCCCUUGGUCAGCUUGGGCGUGGCCGCAGCGUUCUUCAGCAGCGUGAUGCUGCUUGAAAUGGGCCUCAGCUUUGGCGUCCGCCUUCCCACAGAUGCAGCCAACAGGGAGGCCGGACUGUCGCGCUCCUUUCUGCAACUUGCAUUGGCCGCUAGCUGUUUUUUGCAGUGUUGGCAUGCUUUCGGCAUUACCAUGGCUGGGCGCACGAUGCUACUACUGAGCACGACGUGGACAGCUGCUGUCAGCGCUUUUGGUCUCCCGCCGCCACUGCGGCCUGCUCGCCGGCCGUUUAGAAGGGGGCCAGACGCAGACGAGCAGGAAAUGACGGAGAUGGAAGGGGCCAGUGCUGAAUUUCCGCCAUUGCGCAUCUCGUCACAGGGUGUGUCGUGA